AUAACUCUUCUAUCUCGAUGGUCACACAUUGUUUUGAUAAAUUUUUGCUGAUUGAAAAUUAUAAAAGUUGAAACUUUUGGAGAUUUUUGCAAUAUUACGCGAUGUGUUUCUGAAUUAAUCGAAUAAAAUUAAAAGAUCCAAGAUCUGUAUUCCGUAGUAGAUCUCCUAUUGCCAGCGCACCGUAACGGUACAACAGUUUCAAGUUGAAUGUGAAAUCAACUAUGAAAAAGUCAUAAAAAUCGAUAUUUGUACGGUGUAUUUGAAAUCGCUUCAGUUUUCGGUGUAAUAGAAAAUCGAGUUAAUUUCAUCAGUCUACAAUGAAUAUCAAUCCUUCCGGCGGUCAAUGGAUGAAUCAAUUCAUCGAUGCUAGUAAUUUAUUAGCAAACGUGAAUGCGUCGAAUUCCGGUAUGCUGAUCCAUAAUCCGGUCAUGAUGAGCGCCCAAGCUGCCGAAAAUGCUCGCAGCGCUGAAAUGAACGCCGCCAUGAACAACGAAUGUCGAAUUAAAGAUGUAUGGGCUCAUAACCUAUGGAUCGAAUUUAAAACCAUUAGGCAGCUGGUGAAAAAGUACAGGUAUAUCGCGAUGGAUACGGAAUUCCCAGGUGUUGUUGCCAAACCCAUCGGAUCAUUUCAGAAUACUUCCGAUUACUUAUACCAAUUGCUAAAGUGUAACGUCGAUUUAUUACGUAUUAUUCAGCUAGGGUUAACGUUUUUCGAUGAGAACGGUAAUAUGCCCGAUGGACCAUUUACGACGUGGCAGUUUAAUUUUAAAUUCAAUCUAUCCGAAGAUAUGUACGCCCAAGAUAGUAUAGAUUUACUUACUAAUUCCAAUAUCCAGUUCAAGAAACACGAAGAAGAAGGUAUAGAUCCUUUCGAAUUCGCCGGAUUACUCAUUCCUUCCGGGCUAGUGUUAAUGGACGAUGUUAAAUGGCUUACAUUCCAUUCGAGUUUCGAUUUCGGCUACUUGUUGAAAAUAUUAACCGAUUAUCAAUUACCCGAAGAUGAAAAAGAGUUUUACGAAAUACUGCAGAUGUAUUUCGCCAACGUUUACGAUGUCAAGUAUUUAAUGAAAAGUUGCAAAAAUCUCAAAGGAGGUUUACAAGAGAUGGCUGAUCAAUUGGAAUUACAACGUAUUGGACCUCAGCAUCAGGCCGGCAGUGAUUCUUUACUAACGGGCUUGGCCUUUUUCAAGAUUCGUGAUUUGUAUUUCGAAGGAAUGAUCGACGAUUCCAAAUACUGCGGACAUUUAUUCGGACUUGGCAACAAUAGUAUAUUGAACGGAGGCAGUAUGAGAUUCGCUUCCGAACCACCGGAUAGCAAUGCGUGAAACGUGAAAAGUUUUAUUUUUAUUGAUGUACCUAUAAUUUUUGUUGUCGUCGUAAAUUAAGCUUUUUUUACAAAUUUUUUUUCUUGUCUUGUUUAAUGUGUAUAGGUGUAUUUUUAAAUUGCAAAUUGAAAAUUUUUCCAUUUGUAAGCAUCGAUCAUCGUGUAUAUUAUUAUAUGAAAUUACUGUAUAAAGUAUUGGAAAAGUAAACUUUUCACUUCGUU